AUGGCGAGGCCCAUGCUCGUCGUGCUGUGCGCGCUCGUCGCCUCGACGCGCUCCUGGGCGCCGAGCGCGACCUACGGCGCCGGUCGCGUCGUGCGCCUGCGCAGCAGCGCCGAGUUCGUGGGCGACGCGCGCGACGCGCUGCGCGGCGCGUCGUCGAAGCUCGAAGCGCCGCUGCGCGCGCUCGAGCUCGAGCUGCAGGAGGCGAAGCGGGAGACGGACGCCGCGGAGCGCGCGCUCGCGAGCGCGCUCGCCGCGCUCGCCGCCAGCGAGGCCGACGCGCGGCGCGCGCGGGGCGACGUCGACGCGGCCGAGGCCGCCAAGAAAGCCGAGGUCGCGGCCGCCGCGGACGCGGCCCGGAGGAGCAACGAGCGGCGCGUCGCCGCCGCGCGGACGCUCGCGGAGACCGCGGAGGGCGACGCGAAGCGCGAGAUCCGCGCCACCGUCGUCGCGCUCGAGUCGCAGAUCGGCGCGGACGCCGCGGCGAAGGCGCGCGGCGCGGCGGCCGCCGCGCGCGACGCGGCCGCGGCGGCCCGCGCCGCGACGGCCGCCGACGUCGCCGCCGCCGAGGCCGACGGCGCCGCGCGCCUCGAGGCCGCGCAGCUCCGGCUCCGCGCCGUCUCCGACGAGGACGCCGCCGAGGACGAGCCGCUCGUCGGCGCCGUGGCCGCGUCGGCGCUCGCGGGCUUCCUGCUCUUCUCCAACCAGCUCCAGGGCGGCCUCUCGCCCUUCUCCCUCUUCGGGGCCCUCCUCGGCGCCUUCCUCUUCGCGGCCUUCGGCCUCAAGGCCCCGGAGAAGACCUAG